UGGAGAAAAAACUGUUGACUAUUACUGCUGCAGUAAUGAACAGGACAGAGUUACUCUGAGCAGCCAGUCAUCUUCUGAGAGCAGAGUUACCAGCAAUUUUCAUCGGACUAAACACUGUUUACAGUCUGGUCUGUUUUAAACACAGGUCAAAAUGAAGAGUCUGGUUGUGUAUUGUGGACUCAUCCUGGCAUUUCUUUCGAGCUGCACAGAACAGGCCGGGGUAAAAAGACAGGACAAAGCAGGUUCUCCUCAAGGAACAGACUGCACACAGAUUAAGACUCUGUCACCACGAGCAUCCAGUGGCGUUUAUACGAUCCAGCCAAAUGGAGCCGCGACCAAGUUUAAGGUUUACUGUGAGAUGCAUCCAGAUGGAGGCUGGACGGUGUUUCAAAAACGAAGCGGAGGAGCCGUUUCUUUCCACAGAAAAUGGGCAGCAUAUAAAACUGGCUUUGGAAACCUGACACAGGACCACUGGCUCGGGCUGAAUAAGAUUUUUUAUCUUACCAAAGACAAGUCCAAGAAGUGGACAAUGAGGGUGGAUCUGUGGGAUCAUGAAGAUGGGACUGCUUUCGCUGAGUACAAAAACUUUAGACUGGGAAAUGAGAAAACUGCGUUCAAACUACAUGUUGGGAAGUACCGUGGAAAUGCAGGUGAUGCCAUCCGUGGUGCCUAUAAAGGCAUUGAUCAGAAUGGCUAUGGCUUUAGCACAGUUGACCGCGAUAAUGAUGGCUGCUCCCCCUGCAUCUUUGGUGACAUUGCUGUUGGAGCAUGUACCGUUACAGAGGGCGGCGGGUGGUGGUACAGCAAGUGUGGGUCCGCCAAUCUAAACGGUGACUGGCAUUCCUACGGUGAACACAUAGGUUGGGCUUCGGGCCUCCACUGGCGCACCUGGAAACCACCUGCACCAUACUCAGCCAAGGCCACAAGAAUGAUGAUCAAGUCGGUGUGAAAGGAACCUCCUCAAAUUAUCAAGUGCUGAUUUUCAUUCUGCAAAAAACUUUCAACAAAGCUUUUAAGAAAAGUAACUGUGAAGGAGAUAUGUAAAAUACAAUGCUAAAAGCAUGAAAAUCAGUGUAUUGUUAAUGCUUAGUCAUUUCUGUACUAAACUGAAAAACAUGCCUUCCAGAUAAUCAAGUUCUACCCGAGGUCUCUUCCUGUUAAAGCACUGCUUACCCUCUCUUUUUAUGUAUUAAAAAUAAUUUUACAAGAACUAAAAUAUGCCAGAGUCAACAUUAUUAGCCCCUCUGUUGCCAGUAAUUAUGUUGAAAAUCCUUUUUGCUGGAUAACAGCCAGCAGUCCUUUGUUGUCUUUUUCAACAAGUCUCACAUGCACCACCUGAGCAGUCCUAGACCAUUCUUCUUUGGCAAAUCUCUUAAACUUCUCCAGAUUUGACCAUCUUCUGGCAUGGUUCUUGGUCUUCACCCCUGAGAAUGGGAUUCAAGUCAGGGCUAUGUGCAGACCAGAAUGCCAACGUAUAUUUUUGGAGAUUGUCGUGUUGAAAGAGAACACGAGA